UUGGCGCGGCUCCCUCCCCCUCCCCCGGCUAAGAGGCGAAGCGUGGGAACGGGAUGGGGGAGACGCAGCCAGAGGGCGAGCGGCGGCGGCGCGAUCAUUGAGCUGGCACCGGGGGAAUCGCCACCCAACCAUCCGCUCACACAGGCAGGCAGGCAGAGCCUUCCCUUGCUGGCAGCAUGAAGCGUGCACACCCAGAGUACAGUUCUUCCGACAGCGAGGAGCUGGAUGAGCCCAUCGAAGUGGAGAAGGAGAGCGCGGACGAGAAUGGAAACUUUAGUUCAGCUCCAGGGUCAAUGUCCCCAACCACCACUUCCCAGAUCCUGGCAAGGAAAAGACGCCGAGGUAUUAUUGAGAAGCGUCGUCGUGAUCGGAUCAACAACAGCCUAUCAGAACUGAGGAGGCUGGUGCCCAGUGCAUUUGAAAAGCAGGGAUCUGCCAAAUUGGAAAAGGCUGAAAUCCUGCAGAUGACUGUGGAUCAUCUGAAAAUGUUGCACACUGCAGGAGGCAAAGGCUAUUUUGAUGCCCAUGCUCUGGCUAUGGACUAUCGGAGUCUAGGCUUUCGAGAGUGCUUGGCUGAAGUAGCCCGCUACCUUAGCAUUAUUGAGGGUCUGGACUCUUCUGACCCUCUUCGUGUGCGCCUCGUGUCUCAUCUGAAUAAUUAUGCCUCUCAGCGGGAAGCAGCAAGUAGUUCGCACACCGGGCUUGGACACAUUCCUUGGGGCAGUGCCUUUGGACAUCACCCACACAUUUCCCACCCGUUACUGCUGCCUCAGAAUGGGCACACGACUACUAAUGGAGCAGCGACAUCCACAGACGCCCAUCACCAGAGCAGAAUUGCUGCCCCUCAUGCUGAAUCAUCUUCACUGAGAGUGCCCCCUAAUGGCAGCAUUGGACCAGUGCUUCCUGUAGUCACCGCGGCUUCUAAACUCUCUCCUCCCUUGCUCUCUUCUAUGGCCUCCUUGUCUGCGUUCCCCUUUUCUUUCAGUUCGUUCCACUUGUUGUCCCCUAAUGCCCUCAGUUCGUCUGCACCAGCACAGUCGGCCAGCCUUGGCAAACCCUACAGACCAUGGGGAACUGAAAUCGGGGCCUUUUAAGAACUAGCGAAGGGCAGAGAGAAGUGUAAAUAUCCAGCUGAGCUGGGGAGUUUUCGAUGUCUGUUUUAAAACUCUUUAAUAGGUUGAGAUGAAAGGUACAGUUUCAGUUUUAACAAACGUUAUACAAAAAGAGUGCC